UUGAAUUUCUCACCCUAAGAUCUGGCCUGUACAUUUGCACCGAAUUCUUGAGAGGUUCCUGGAGAGAUUCUGGGAGCCAAGCACUCCAUUGGAAUCCUAGCUGUUUUAGAGAACAACUUGUAAUGGAGCCUUCAUCUCUUGAGCUGCCAGCUGACACAGUGCAGCGCGUUGCGGCUGAACUCAAAUGCCACCCAACGGAUGAGAGGGUGGCUCUCUACCUAGAUGAGGAAGAUAAGCUGAGGCACUUCAGGGAGUGCUUUUAUAUUCCCAAAAUACGGGAUCUGCCUCCAGUUGAUUUAUCAUUAGUGAAUAAGGAUGAAAAUGCCAUCUAUUUCUUGGGAAAUUCUCUUGGCCUUCAACCAAAAAUGGUGAAAACAUAUCUUGAAGAAGAACUAGAUAAGUGGGCCAAAAUAGCAGCCUAUGGUCAUGAAGUGGGGAAGCGUCCUUGGAUUACAGGAGAUGAGAGUAUUGUAGGCCUUAUGAAGGACAUUGUAGGAGCCAAUGAGAAAGAAAUAGCCCUAAUGAAUGCUUUGACUGUAAAUUUACAUCUUCUAAUGUUAUCAUUUUUUAAGCCUACACCAAAACGAUAUAAAAUUCUUCUAGAAGCCAAAGCCUUCCCUUCUGAUCAUUAUGCUAUUGAGUCACAACUACAACUUCACGGACUUAACACUGAAGAAAGUAUGCGGAUGAUAAAGCCAAGAGAGGGGGAAGAAACCUUAAGAAUAGAGGAUAUCCUUGAAGUAAUUGAGAAGGAAGGAGACUCAAUUGCAGUGAUCCUGUUCAGUGGGGUGCAUUUUUACACUGGACAGCACUUUAAUAUUCCUGCCAUCACAAAAGCUGGACAAGCGAAGGGUUGUUAUGUUGGCUUUGAUCUAGCACAUGCAGUUGGAAAUGUUGAACUCUACUUACAUGACUGGGGAGUUGAUUUCGCCUGCUGGUGUUCCUACAAGUAUUUAAACGCAGGAGCAGGAGGAAUUGCUGGUGCCUUUGUUCAUGAAAAGCAUGCCCAUACGAUUAAACCUGCAUUAGUGGGAUGGUUUGGCCAUGAACUCAGCACCAGAUUUAAGAUGGAUAACAAACUGCAGUUAAUCCCUGGGGUCUGUGGAUUCCGAAUUUCAAAUCCUCCCAUUUUGUUGGUGUGUUCCUUGCAUGCUAGUUUAGAGAUCUUUAAGCAAGCGACAAUGAAGGCAUUGCGGAAAAAAUCUAUUUUGCUAACUGGCUAUCUGGAAUACCUGAUCAAGCAUAACUAUGGCAAAGAUAAAGCAGCGACCAAGAAACCAAUUGUGAACAUAAUUACUCCAUCUCAUGUAGAGGAGCGGGGGUGCCAGCUAACAAUAAUAUUUUCCGUUCCAAACAAAGAUGUUUUCCAAGAACUAGAAAAAAGAGGAGUGGUUUGUGACAAGCGGAAUCCAAAUGGCAUUCGAGUGGCUCCAGUUCCUCUCUAUAAUUCUUUCCAUGAUGUUUAUAAAUUUACCAAUCUGCUCACUUCUAUACUUGACUCUGCAGAAACAACAAAUUAGCAGUGUUUUCUAGAAAAAACUUAAGCAAAUUAUACUGAAAGCUGCUGUGGUUAUUUCAGUAUUAUUCAAUUUUUAAUUAUUGAAAGUAUGUCACCAUUGACCACAUGUAACUAACAAUAAAUACCUUACAG